GAACGGUGGCGGGUGUUGCAUGAUGGAAGAGAUGAGAUAGAAGAGAGAGCAGCGAAAUGGCUGGUACGAUGAAGUUGUCGUUGUCCCUGCCUCUGGCAUCCCUCUGUAAAGCCCCCAACUUUCUGAACCCUCCAACCAGCUUUCUGCAAAAGGACAACGUAAACAGCCUCAGAAGAAGCACCAAAUGGAACCCUUGUAACGGAAAAAGAGGAGGGAUCGUGUGCGGGUUGCCAUUACCGGUUGAUCCAUGGGCACCCACCAUUGAUUCCCAGAGCAUCGCUUCUCAGCUUUUCGCCUUCUCUUUGUUUCCUUAUAUCGGAUUCUUAUAUUUCAUUACCAAGUCCAAGACUGCUCCAAACCUCACCCUCUUUGGCUUCUACUUCUUGCUCGCCUUUGUCGGCGCCACAAUACCUGCUGGAAUUUACGCGAAGGUUCAUUAUGGAACUUCUUUGUCCAAUGUCGACUGGUUACAUGGCGGGGCUGAGUCACUUCUAACUCUCACUAACUUGUUCAUUGUGUUGGGCCUCAGAGAGGGUCUUAGAAAAAUUGAAAAUUCACAAGAAGAUGAAACUUCAUCUACUCCUAAUUCAAGCUCGGAGGAGUAAAGGAAGGAACCCAGGUUGCAGGUUUGAUAUUUGAAGUCGUUUUGUUGUUAAUAUUAUUAUAUCAAUGUGUAAUUAAGUUGUUGAUUGGAAUGGAAUCUUGCAAAGGUUUGGCCAGCGAAUCCAAUUUUGAUGUGUAAUUUUUGAUCUGUCGUUCUCUUUUAUGCUCUUCACUAGUGUUCUAAAAACUCUCUUAUAAUAUUGAUUUAUUUCUGAGA